CUCCCGAGCCCUCCCGAGCUACCACGGGCGCGGAGCCGGGGCCGCGGAGCCACGAAGCGGAUAGUUCGCCUCGGGAGGGGGCUACCCCGCCGCGUCCCCAGUCCCGGCCUUCCCCCGCACCAAGGCAAAGUCCCGCGAGCAAGGUCCAGGUACCAGCAACCGAUGAUGCUCGGGUCUGGGAGCCAACAGGGCUCACUAAUAAUGAUACCCAAUACCGGCUUCUGGGUGAAGUAGUCCCUAAGCCUUAGAGCUCACUUUCCUCGUCGUGGCCCUGGGAGAGCCCAGAAUGCUCCUCAGCUGAAGUGGCCCCAGAGCUCAUGGAACCCUCGGCCACUCCCGGGACCCAGCCCGGAGUCCCCACUGGCAGCGGGGAACCCUUCCACCUUCCUCCGGACUAUGAGGAUGAGUUCCUCCGCUACCUGUGGCGCGACUAUCUCUACCCCAAGCAAUACGAGUGGGUUCUCAUCGCAGCCUAUGUGGCCGUGUUCCUCAUAGCCUUGGUGGGCAACACGCUGGUCUGCCUGGCUGUGUGGCGGAACCACCACAUGAGGACAGUCACCAACUACUUUAUUGUCAACCUGUCCCUGGCAGAUGUGCUGGUAACUGCCAUCUGCCUGCCUGCCAGUCUGUUAGUGGACAUCACUGAAUCGUGGCUGUUCGGCCAUGCCUUGUGCAAGGUCAUCCCCUACCUACAGGCCGUGUCCGUGUCGGUGGCCGUGCUGACUCUCAGCUUCAUCGCCCUGGACCGCUGGUAUGCCAUCUGCCACCCGCUACUGUUCAAGAGCACAGCUCGCCGGGCCCGCGGCUCCAUUCUGGGCAUCUGGGCUGUGUCGCUGGCCAUCAUGGUGCCCCAGGCCGCGGUCAUGGAGUGCAACAGUGUGCUGCCUGAGCUAGCCAAUCGUACCAGGCUCUUCUCCGUCUGUGAUGAACACUGGGCAGAUGAACUCUACCCCAAGAUCUACCACAGCUGCUUCUUUAUUGUUACCUACUUGGCCCCACUGGGCCUCAUGGCCAUGGCCUACUUCCAGAUCUGCCGCAAGCUCUGGGGCCGCCAGAUCCCUGGUACCACAUCAGCCUUGGUGAGGAACUGGAAGCGACCUUCAGAGCAACUAGAGGCUCAGCGCCAGGGCCUGUGGACAGAGCCACAACCCCGGGCCAGAGCCUUCCUGGCUGAGGUGAAGCAGAUGCGAGCUCGGAGGAAGACGGCUAAGAUGCUAAUGGUGGUUCUGCUGGUUUUUGCACUCUGUUACCUGCCCAUCAGUGUCCUCAAUGUCCUUAAGAGAGUGUUCGGGAUGUUCCGCCAAGCCAGCGACCGGGAAGCCGUCUAUGCCUGCUUUACCUUCUCCCACUGGCUGGUGUAUGCCAACAGUGCCGCCAACCCCAUCAUCUACAACUUCCUCAGUGGCAAAUUUCGGGAGCAGUUUAAGGCCGCCUUCGCCUGCUGCCUGCCUGGUCUGGGUUCCCGCUCCUCUGCCAGACAUAAGUCCGUGUCCUUGCAGAGCCGGUGUUCUGUCUCCAAAGUCUCUGAGCAUGUCCUGCUGACCAGCGUCACCACAGUGCUGUCCUAAGCA